UGCCACAAGAUGUCGUCCGUGGCGGCUGCACGAGCAGUUCCUGUGGGCCGUGGGCUCCGGGGCCUGCAACGGACCCUACCUCUUGUAGUGAUUCUCGGGGCCACAGGCACCGGCAAAUCCACGCUGGCGUUGCAGCUAGGCCAACGGCUCGGCGGUGAGAUCGUCAGCGCUGACUCCAUGCAGGUUUAUGAAGGCCUAGACAUCAUCACCAACAAGGUUUCUGCCCAAGAGCAGAGAAUCUGCCGGCACCACAUGAUCAGCUUUGUGGAUCCUCUUGUGACCAAUUACACCGUGGUGGACUUCAGAAAUAGAGCAACUGCUCUGAUUGAAGAUAUAUUUGCUCGAGACAAAAUUCCUAUUGUCGUGGGAGGAACCAAUUAUUACAUUGAAUCUCUGCUCUGGAAAGUUCUUGUCAAUACCAAGCCCCAGCAGAUGGGCACUGAGAAAGUGAUUGACCGAAAAGUGGAGCUUGAAAAGGAGGAUGGUCUUGUACUUCACAAACGCCUAAGCCAGGUGGACCCAGAAAUGGCCGCCAAGCUGCAUCCACAUGACAAACGCAAAGUGGCCAGGAGCUUGCAAGUUUUUGAAGAAACAGGAAUCUCUCAUAGUGAAUUUCUCCAUCGUCAACAUACAGAAGAAGGUGGUGGUCCCCUUGGAGGUCCUCUGAAGUUCUCUAACCCUUGCAUCCUUUGGCUUCAUGCUGACCAGGCAGUUCUAGAUAAGCGCUUGGAUAAGAGGGUGGAUGACAUGCUUGCUGCUGGGCUCUUGGAGGAACUAAGAGAUUUUCACAGACGCUAUAAUCAGAAGAAUGUUUCAGAAAAUAGCCAGGACUAUCAACAUGGUAUCUUCCAAUCAAUUGGCUUCAAGGAAUUUCACGAGUACCUGAUCACUGAGGGAAAAUGCACACUGGAGACUAGUGACCAGCUUCUAAAGAAAGGUAUCGAGGCUCUGAAACAAGUAACUAAGAGAUAUGCCCGGAAGCAAAACCGAUGGGUUAAAAACCGUUUUUUGAGCAGACCUGGUCCCAGUGUCCCCUCUGUCUAUGGCUUAGAGGUAUCUGAUGUCUCGAAGUGGGAAGAGUCUGUUCUUGAACCUGCUCUUGAAAUCGUGCAAAGUUUCAUCCAGGGCCGCAAGCCUAUAGCCACUCCAAUAAAGAUGCCAUACAAUGAAGCUGAGAACAAGAGAAGUUAUCACAUGUGUGACCUCUGUGAUCGAAUCAUCAUUGGGGAUCGCGAGUGGGCAGCACAUAUAAAAUCCAAAUCCCACUUGAAGCAACUGAAGAGAAGAAGAAGGUUGGAUUCAGAUGCUGCCAACACCAUAGAAAGUCAGAGCAUUUCCCCAGACCAUGACAAAGAACCUAAAGAGAAGAGAUCCUCAGGGCAGAAUGAGCAAGAGUUGAAAUGCAGCUUUUAAGAGACAUGUCCAGUGGCCUUUGGAAAGGUGGCGGGGAUCUACUUCUGAAGGGAGGGGUAUGUCUGUCUCCCAGUCUGGGCAGAGGAGUGCUAUGCAGAAUUUUGUGCAUAGCAGAAAAGCUCCCACCAUUUGCUUUCAUUCAGUGGCGUGUUCUAAAGUCUCAUGUUCUCUAUAAUAGAAACAGCAGGUCUUGUCAGCUCCUUGUAUGGCUGAUGUGUCUGGAAAUGAUGUCGUUCAAGAAAGCAUUUUUUUUUCUUUGAAUCUUAAAGGUUCUAUUAUUAAAAGAGGCACAGAUUCCACAUUUUUAUACAUGAGGAUCUUUUUUUGUGGUGAAUACCAGGACUGACUGCAUCCCUUUAAAGAAUUUUUAUGUCCUUGAUUCUGGCUAAAAUUAUCUGAUUUCCAGAUGCUUUUGUAGAUGACUGAAGUAUUUGUGAGCCACAUAUUGGGAGUUCUAGAUUUGAGUGAAUGGCAGGAAAGGACCAUCCCCACUGAGAUGAUUAAGUGAAGCAAACUAGUUCUUGGAAUUCUACAGAGAAGGAGGGAAUCAGACUGAGGAAGCUGUGACAUGGGACUUGAAGACCAAAGACUUUGAAAUUUGCAAGCUGCUCAUAUGUGAGUUAUUAUCACUGCUGUCUUUCUAUUGAGUUACAAAUCUAUAUUUUUAUUGAAGUUUAAAUAAAGAAAAAAUUUACAAGA